AUGGAGGCCAGCGACUACAACAACGCGCUGAACUAUGACCUGGCUGUCAUCCAGCUGGCAGAGGACGUCGGCUACAAGACCGGGUGGCUUGGAAUGUCUUGGAAUCCAAAGGGUUACAAGGGCAUUAUCUACACUGCGGGGUACCCCGGUGACAAAGUCUUUGGCUCUCUGUGGUCGACCUCGUGCCGUGUGUCGGACGCCAAGGGUACAGACACGCGCUUCGUCACGAUGUGCGACGUGUGGCCAGGCCAAUCCGGGUCACCUAUCUGGAUCAAGCCCAGCAAUUCGACGUACGAGCUGCGUGCCGUGCUGACCUACGAGUCCUGCCGCUGCUGCUCCAAGGACUGCUCCUGCUGCAGCGGGAAAUUUAACGGUGGCAACGCCAUCAACGCCAUGCACUAUGCAUCGAUCCAGGCGUGGCGAUGA